GCUGCGCCCGCCGCGCCUGCCGCUGCGUCGCCUCCAACGCAUGUCAUCCUCGCUCGCCGCCGGCAGCUGCGUGCCGUGCCGCCGCGGCGCACCCGCGCUCAGCGACGCCGACGUCGCCGCGCGCCUGCAGGCCCUCGGCGGCGCCUGGCAGCUGGCGCCGUUUGCCGACUCGGGCGUGCCCGUGCUGCAGCGCAGCGUGCGCUUCCGCAACUUCCGCACCGCCCUCGCCUUCACCAACGCCGUCGGCGCCAUGGCCGAGGCGCAGAAGCACCACCCGGCGCUGCUCACCGAGUGGGGCAGCGUGCGCGUCGCCUGGUGGACGCACGCCAUCGGCGGGCUGCACGACAACGACUUCAUCUGCGCGGCCAAGACGGACGAGCUGCUCGCCGCCGCCGAGGGCGUCAAGGAAUGACGACGCUAUCUCAAUG